AUGUCUGAGUGGAGUGGUGCAAGUCAAUGGGGCAGAAUAGCAGCUAUAAAUGAAAAACUUAUUGGGGUGAUUGGGAAUGACAGAAACUGGAAGGGCAUCGGGAUCUCUCUGCUGGUGAUCGUGGUGGUCCUGUCUCUCAUCGGACUGUCCAUCGUCGUACUCUCCAGAGAUGAUGGAGGAAAGCCCUUUGUCAUUCCACUCACAGUCGAUGACCUCUUUGAUCCAAACUUCCAGAUACACGAUCCACAAACAAAGUGGAUUAAUGAUGAGGAGGUGAUCUUCAGGUCAUGGGACGGCACUGUGUGGAGAGCAAAUAUUCACAACAAUGAAACCAGCCUCCUGCUCAGAAACACCACUUUUGCCACUUUUAAAGCCUCAAAGUUCUGGGUGUCUCCGGAUCUGAGCUUCAUCCUCCUGGCAUACGACGUGAGACCGGUGUACCAGAAGUCCUUCCUGGCGUCUUACCUCAUCUAUAAUCUCUACACAAGAGAGGUGCGUGAGCUGAACCCACCAGAAGUGUCGGACUCUGUGCUGCAGUUUGCGUCAUGGGGCGUUCAGGGACAGCAGCUGAUGUACAUAUUUGAGAACAACAUCUACUACCAGACCGAUGUGCAGAGCAGCUCCUGGAGGCUCACUUCCUCAGGGCAGGAGGGCAUCAUCUUCAACGGGAUCGCAGACUGGCUCUACGAAGUUGAAGUCUUGAAAACUCCUGUAGCUCACUGGUGGUCUCCUGAUGGAUCUAAACUGGCCUAUCUGACCAUCAACGACUCAGAGGUCCCAAACAUGCUCCUGCCACGCUUCACCGGAGCCCUGUACCCAAAAGGACACGAGUACCCCUAUCCCAAGAUGGGUCAGCCCAAUCCCACAGUGUCUCUGAAUGUGGUGAGUCUGGAUGGCAGCUCAAGGACCACAGAGCUGGGACCUCCUGACAGCUUCAUAAAGAGUGAAUUCUACAUCUCCAUGGUGAAGUGGGUGAGCAGCGAGAGAGUGGCCGUGCGCUGGGUGAACCGCGCUCAGAACAUGUCCAUCUUGUGUCUGUGUGGAGUGUCCUCCGGGGCCUGCACAAAGAAACAUGUGGCGUCGAGUGAGAAGUGGCUGGAUAGACAGAAUGAGGAGCCAAUUUUUUCCAAGGACUACUCCACAUUCUUCAUCACAAUGCCAAUCAAACACGGAGGACGAGGGACUUUCAGCCACAUCACAAUGAUCUCCAACAAGUCAGAAGGAGAAGACGUCAACAUUCGGCAUCUAACCUCUGGAAGCUGGGAGGUCACGGACAUUGUGGCUUAUGAUGAGAACUCGAAUGUGCUGUAUUAUCUGAGCACUGAAAAUGGAGCCUUGCAGAGACAGUUGUACAGAGUGUCCACUGUGGAUCCGUUGAGCAGAGAGUGUGUGAGCUGCUCUCUGUUCAAACCUCACUGCUCCUUCUUCAGUGUGCUCCUGAGUCCAGACUAUCAACAUGUCCUACUGCACUGCACAGGACCUGGGAUUCCUCAAACCACUCUCCACAAACUGAGCAACAUGAGCAAGGUGAAGACGGUGGACAAUGGAGCUGAGCUGAGACACUUCCUUGUUAACAGGACCAUACCCAGAUGGGAGAGGAGGAUAAUACCCAUCAAUAAUAAUGCAUUGCGCCUGGAGCUGUCUGUCCCGGCAGAUCUGGACGAGGGACAGCUGCACCCACUGCUCCUCAUCCUUGACAGCGCCCCCGGUGGUCAGGCGGUGAGUGAGCUCUUCUCUCUGGGCUGGGACUCUGUGCUGGUCAGCUCUGACAGUGUGAUCGUGGCUCGUCUGGACGCUCGGGGCAGUGGAUUCCAGGGACAGAGACUCCUCCAUGAGCUGCACCACAGGCUGGGCACUGUGGACCUGCACGACCACAUCACCGCUGUACAAUACCUGACCAGACUGCCUUAUAUUGACGGGAACCGAGUUGGGGUGUAUGGAAAGGCAUACGGAGGUUUUCUCUCCUCUCUCAUGCUCCUCUCUCACAGUCACAUCUUCAAGUGUGCUGUGGCUGUGGCGCCCAUCACCAACUGGAGACUAUAUGCUUCAGCCUUCACGGAGAAAUACUUUGGACCUCUACUGAAUGACGAUCACAAAUACCAAAUUUCAAAUUUAAUUCAGAAUUUUACCAGAGAAAACCCGGUGAACUUCCUGAUCAUUCACGGCACAGCUGAUGCCACUGUUCACUUUCAGCAUUCAGCAGAACUGGUCAAGCUGCUCUCUUCUCUCAACGUGAACUACACUCUACAGAUUUUUCCAGAUGAGGGCCACGACAUCGCUUCAAUGAAGAGCAGACACUACAUGCUGACCUCAGUCGUCAACUUCUUCAGAAACUGCUUCGUUCCCGACCCACAGUUGGCGCCAGAGAGCUCCAAGGAGGACGACUAG